UAUCGGAUUAACUCUUCUACUACACACGUGGUUUUGUUGCGUUUAUAACAUUUGUCAGCAGAAGUAAAGCAAGUCGUCAUCUUCCGUAUUCGGUCUUCGCUGCGUUCUCGGAGAAGUUAGUUGGCUAAAGCGUUCGAAUGGAAAUGUCUUCACUCCUGAGUUUCAGACAGUAUAUCAACGAGAGGUUACACACUGCUGCUGAAGACAUAUUUGGAUGUUUUGAAGCGGCUGUCGCAAAGUACGACGAUGAGAUCGGUCGUCAGCGCAGAGUGCUGGAUGUAACUUUGAAACCUGUAGUAGAGCUGCAGAGAAAAGAGCUCCCACAGCGACAUGUCUGUAUCAAGGAAGAGUUUCCUGCUGACCUGCUGGAGAGGAACCCCAGUCCAGACCAAGAGGAGCCAGAACCUCCACAGAUUAAGGAGCAGCAGGAGGAGCACUGCAUCGAGCUCCCAGAGCAGCAUUUUCUGAUUGAGGAUGAGUUUCCAUCUGACCAGCAGCUCUGGAACCUUGAGAGGAACCCCAUUCUGGACCAAGAGGAGCCAGACCCUCCACAGAUUAAAGAGGAGGAGGAGCACUGCAUCGGUCUGGAAGUAGAGCAGCUUGUACUGAAGCAGGAGGAUCAUGAUAACCUUUUGUUGAAUCCUACUUUCAUGGAAAGUGACCACAGUGAACCAGAACCAAGUGACCACCAGCUCCUCUCCCACAGCUCAGCUCAGAGCCAAGAUCUCAACGGACACAAGCAUGGAAACUUAAAAUCAGUUAUAAAUGCAGAGCAGGCAUCAGAAAAGGGACAUCAUUACAUCACAAGAGCAAAAGAAAGCACAAGUCCCAGUAACCUUGCAUGUAGCACUACCAUGUCAAAGAUUGUCCCGAAUAUCUACAAGAGUAAAAAGGUUUUUCAGUGUGACACUUGUGGAAAAGUCUUUAAGUGGAGGUCCGGAUUCAAUGGACAUUUGAAGGUGCAUACAGGGGAGGAAAACCAUACUUGUGAAAAAAGUUUCACAACUUGCACAAAUUUGAAGAUCCAUGAGAGAUCACACAUGGUUGAGAAACCUUUUUCUUGCAAAACUUGUGGGAGAAGUUUUAAUCUUAGAAGUAACCUGCAUGUCCACAAGAGAACGCACACGGGCGAGAAACCUUUUACUUGCAAAACUUGUAGGAGAAGUUUUACAACUAGAAUGAAUCUGCAGGUCCACGAGAGAACACACACGGGCGAGAAACCUUUUUCUUGCAAAACAUGUGUGAGAAGUUUUAUUCAGAGACAUCAGCUGCAGGUCCACGAGACAACGCACACGGGCGAAAAACCUUUUUCUUGCAAAACUUGUGGGAGAAGUUUUACAACUAAAAAUGUCCUAAAGAUACACGAGAGAACUCACACUGGCGAGAGACCUUUUACUUGCAAAACGUGUGGGAGAAGUUUUACAACUAGUACGAAUCUGCAGGUCCACUUGAGAACACACACGGGCGAGAAACCUUUUCCUUGCAAAACUUGUGGGAGAAGUUUUACAACUAGAAAUGUCCUAAAGAUACACGAGAGAACUCACACAAGCGAGACAGCUUUUACUUGCAAAACUUGUGAGACAAGUUUUAAAUGUGUAAGAAGGUUGAAAGUCCACAUGAGAAGCCAUAAAGGGGAGGAGUCGUAUCUCUGUACAACUUGUGGGGAAAGAUUUGUUAUCAAAUCACUUCUAACAAAACAUUUGAUCACCCACACAUAGCAAAACUGAUAUUUUUGUAAAAUGUUUGACAGAUCUCUGACUUGCCAGUUUAUACAAAGUCCACAGGAGAAUACAUCCAGUUGAGAAGCCACACCAUGGCAACAUGAGAGGGAUAAGAUUUGCUCAAGCGUUGUCAAAGAAGUUGUUACUUAGUUAUUGAUUCAUUAAUAAGUGAUACCACAGUUAGCGACAACAAUACUGGAAAUGUUUCCAGGGGAUCAAACAAGUGAUGAACCUUGUUGUAGUUCAAUGCUUUAUGAAGUUCCAUCACCACUCAUGAGUAGCACAUUUCAAUAACUCACAAAGCAUUGAACUAAAUCCAGGUUCAUCACUUACAUUUACACAAGAGAAAUUGUCUACAUUUACAUUAGCUGCAUCUCUGUAACUGAAUGUGUAAAAUAUCCCAUUGAGGAGACAUCACAAUAUCUUUGAUGAAGUACAUGGUCAACAACAUUUGCUGAAGUGCCCACGUUUCAGUUCGUCAUGUGACUGUCAUUGAUAUUUACAUCUGUAAAGGAAGUGAUGUUUUCAACCAUGUCUUUUUGUUUAUUCAUUUAUCAGCCAUUUAUACCAAAUGGUGCAAGGAAGGGGACGGGGGUGAGAGACAUUGAUUGAGUUAAAGUGGCAGAUCCAGGAUAUUUUAUUAUAACUUGAGAGAUGUUGUCAAUAUGUCAGGAAAGACUGUGGAUCAAGAUGUAAAAAUCUGACAUAUUUGUGGUACAGAAAUUUAUAAGAACACAGUAUGUGGUGCAGAUAAUCAGAUGACAUCCCUUUUUCUUUUCUUUUUCUAUUACAAAAGAAGAAAAUAUGUUGUUAAUGUUUACACAGUCCUAAAUAGCUGUCACUGUAAAUGGUUGUUCUUUUGUACUACGUGUAUUCAAU